GGUAACCGGGGACUACCUGGACUACCUGGACCUCGUGGAGCAAAAGGCGAUAGCCACAAAGGUGAAGCUGGACCGCCAGGACCAGCAGGCCCCCCAGGACCAGCAGGCCCAAAAGGCGUGGGAGACGCUGGACCAAAGGGAGACUGUGGAAUAAGAGGCUAUCCUGGGGCCCCAGGACCACGGGGAAGCGGAAUGGUUGGUCCCAAGGGUAUUAUGGGACGGAAAGGCUUGCCUGGUCCACCUGGCCCCCCUGGCAACAGCAUACAAGGAAGCAAGGGAGAAAAAGGAAAUCAAGGUUUUCCUGGACUAAAAGGAUCAAUAGGAAUUGGCCUUCCUGGACCAAAGGGAGACUAUGGAGAUAAAGGUGAUGCAGGGAGCAAAGGUGCCAAAGGAGAGAUGGGAGACCCAGGACCUCCAGGACCAAAGGGAAUUUGGGGAAGAAAAGGUGAACCUGGUCUUUCGAGAGAAGAAGUUAUCAGACUUAUCAAUGAAAUAUGUGGUUGUGGUAUCAGAUGCAGAGUAACACCACUGGAACUAGUAUUUGUCAUUGACAGUUCAGAAAGUGUCGGUCCAGAUAACUUCAAUAUUAUCAAAACUUUUAUGAAAACAGUCAUUGACAAGGUAUCGGCCAACCAUGCUACAACCCGCAUUGGUGUUAUCAACUUCAGCCAUAAAGUGGAGUUGGUGUCUUCUCUGAAGCAAUACACAACCAAAGAACACCUGAAAUCAGCUGUUGAUAAAAUGCCCUACUUAGGUGAAGGUACAUACACAGCUUCUGCUAUCCAAGAAGCCAUUCAGUUAUUUCAGACAGCACGUCCGGCAGUAAGAAAAGUGGCUGUUGUAGUAACAGAUGGACAAGCAGACGCUCGUGAUAAAGUACAACUGGAUACUGUAGUAAGAGAGGCCCAUGUUGCUAAUAUUGAGAUAUUUGUCAUUGGGAUUGUUCAAAGGACUGAUCUUCAUUAUGAUGAUUUUCUGAAAGAAAUGCAGCUCAUUGCAACAGACCCUGAUGAAGAACAUUUUUACCAGAUAGAUGACUUCAUGACGCUUUCAGCUCUUGAAAAUAAACUGAUCACAAAAAUCUGUGAGAAUGUGUCUGAAGUCUACAUCAGAAAAGAUAACGUUUUAUCUCCAUCUCCAAGUCCAGAAUCUGAAAUUCCUAAUGAAGAUACUAAUAGCCAGUUACCUAAAAUGACUACUCCAAAGAUUUAUGUGCUCCCUACAGAAGGAAUCAGUUACCCACUUAGUCCACAACAGACCAGAUAUACUGAGCCACUGCCAUCUGUUCAGGAUCACACUGUGACCACCUCUACUGACAGAGAAUCGAGAUUUCCCUCGCUUGAUGACAUAUCUGAAAUCAGACCUCAGGGUCCAGUUGUCAAUCCUUUGUUCACUGUAACUGCUACUGAAGAUCACAACCUAACUGUGUUGCAAACACAGGUAGCAACAACACAAAAAGAUCCAAGGUGCUUGGAACCUAUGAAACCAGGGGAUUGUCGGAACUACGUGGUGAAAUGGUAUUAUGACAAGAACAGCAAUUCUUGUGGCCAGUUCUGGUACGGAGGUUGUAAUGGUACCAACAAUAGAUUUCAAACAGAAAAGGAAUGUCGAGAAACGUGCGUUGAUUGA